GCGGCAGAUGCCGUAAAGCUGUGCGCUGAGUGCGACGCUCACUUCAGACUAGUACCCCCUUCGGGGCCUUGGUCAUUUUCCUCCCCCACGCUGGGGUCUCUGCUUCCUUAGUCUAUGGGUUGGGCCCCUUUCCCCGGCGCUCUCUGCUUCCGAGGAAUACAAGUCCUCGGCCGGGCCUCAGGGCUGGGAGGGAGGAAGAGAGGGGAUGUGGGAGAAUUUUGGGGGAGGGGGUCCUGUGGAGGGGUCGGCGCAGCCUGAGGACAGCAGGGCCAUGGAGUCCGGGGAGUCAGGGCAGAUGCUGGUCACAUUUGAUGACAUCACAGUAUAUUUGCUUCAGGAGGAAUGGAUGCUAUUGGGAGAGCAACAGAAGGAGAUCUGUGGUUCUGACAACCUUGUGUCACCAUUGGGAAGCCCUAUUGCUAACCCGGAGUUAUUCUGUAAGCUUGAAAGAGAGGUAGAACCAUGGCUGGGAGAUGCCUCAGGCCAGAGGAAACCCUUGAAUCGUCACCUGGGAAAAAACAAAAGGAAAUCCAUGGGAGAAAUUGACAUACAAGGUCCCACUAGAGAAGUUGGCUUGUAUCUGCCAUCACAGAAAAAAACCCACCUCAGUCACGCAGUAAGUGACUGUGUAGAAGAUGAUUCCACAGGAAAAGUCAGAAAGAUAUUAAGACCACGGUCUAUCCAGAAGUCUUGGUUUCAGCAGUUUCCAUGGUUGAUCACGAAUGAGGAGCAGACAGCCCUGUUUUGCUCUGCCUGCCGGGAGUACCCAUCUGUUCGGGACAAAAGGUCUAGGUUAAUAGAAGGUUACACAGGACCUUUCAAGGUAGAAACACUCAAGUACCAUGCAAAGAGCAAAGCCCACAAGUUUUGUAUUAAUGCUUUGGCUGCAAGGGACCCUGUUUGGGCAACCCGUUUUGAGAGCAUCAGAGAAACAUCUGAGGAUUUGCUGACCAGUGCAGAGCAUCUCUUCAACACAGAUUAUCCUAUGCUCUACCCACCAGGAUCCCUGGGUGAUUAUGACAGUUUGGUUGAGCUUUUGCCAGACUCUGGGUCUGAACUUGGAAACUCUACUGAUAAUGGAACAGCAUCAGCCCUCUACUUGGAUUGUGUUUCAGAUGUGAGGCAGGAUAUCAUCAAUGACAUCUGUACUUCAUCAAGCAUGAAUGUUAUAUUUGAUGACUCCACAGAGUCCUUUUGUCAGGAUCCGUCUAAGGAAGGGCUAUUUCAGGAGGUGCCGGUGGUGUUUGAAGAACUUCCAGUGGUGUUUGAAGAUGUGGCAGUAUAUUUCACCCGUGAGGAGUGGGCAAUGCUAGACAAGCGGCAGAAAGAGCUGUACAGAGAUGUGAUGCGCAUGAAUUAUGAGCUGCUGGCUUCAUUAGGACCUGCUGCUCCUAAGCCGGACCUGAUCUUAAAGCUGGAACGUAGAGCAGCUCCUUGGAUCAAGGACCCCAAUGGACCAAAGUGGGGGAAAGGUCGCCCCCCAGGGAAAAAGAAGACUGUGAUUACCAACAAAGAAGUUGAUACCUUGGUCUCUACUGAAGAGGCUAGGUUUCCUUUGCUUCCUUCAGUAGAAGUUUGUAACUCCUGCCCCAGUCUUGGCAAUGGUGAAACAGAAGGAGACAUGACUGGGAAAGCCAAGAAGACUUACCGACCCCGGUCAAUCCAGAAAUCUUGGUUUGGGCAGUUUUCUUGGUUGAUAAGUGACCCAGAAGAGAACACGCUGUUUUGCUCAGCUUGCAGACAGCACCCUUCCCUCCAUGACAAAUCUUCCAGGUUAGUUAAAGGGUACACAGGACCUUUCAAAGUGGAGACUUUAAAGUACCAUGAGGUCAGCAAAGCCCAUAAACUUUGUGUCAAUACAGCAGAGGUCAAGGAAGAUGCACCCCGGACUGCCCUUGUCCCAGUGGUGCCAGAAAUUUCUAGUGACUUAAUGGCAAACAUGGAACACUUUUUUAAUGCUGCUUACUCAAUUGCUUACCACUCAAGGCCACUAAAUGACUUCGAGAAGGUUCUGCAGCUUCUGCAGAGCACAGGGACCAUGAUCUUGGGCAAAUAUCGAAAUCGCACUGCCUGUACCCAGUUCAUUAAGUACAUCUCUGAGACACUGAAGAAGGAGAUCCUGGAUAACAUCUGUCAUUCCCCUUGUGUGAGCAUGUUGUUGGACAGUUCCACAGACUCCUCAGACCAGUCAUGUGUGGGCAUUUACAUAAGAUACUUCAAAGAGUUGGAAGUGAAAGAGUCUUACAUCACACUGGCCCCACUCUACAGUGAGACAGUGGAUGGCUAUUUUGAAACUAUAAUUUCUGCUCUGGAUGAACUAGACAUACCAUUCCGGAAACCUGGGUGGGUAGUAGGCCUAGGGACUGAUGGUUCAGCCAUGCUUAGCUGUAAAGGAGGUCUGGUGGAGAAAUUCCAAGAAAUCAUCCCCCCCCUGUUGCCUGUCCAUUGUGUGGCUCACCGUCUCCACUUGGCAGUUGUGGAUGCCUGUGGGAACAUUGAUUUGGUAAAGAAGUGUGAUCGGCACAUCCGGACUGUGUUUAAGUUUUACCAGUCCUCAAACAAAAGACUGAAUGAGUUACAGGUAGGCGCAGCUGCCCUAGAACAAGAAAUUGUGCGCCUCAAAGACUUGAAUGCCAUCAGGUGGGUAGCAAGCAAGAGACGGACACUGAAUGCCCUGAUUGUGAGCUGGCCUGCCCUGGCCAGCCACUUGCAGAGUGUGGCAGAAGCUGGGGGCCAGAUUGGGCACAGGGCAAAGGGCAUGCUGAAAUUGAUGAUGAGCUUUCAUUUCAUCAAGUUCUGCCACUUCCUUCUCGACUUCCUAAGCAUCUUUCGGCCUGUGUCUGAAGUGUGCCAGAAAGAGAUUGUAUUGAUCACAGAAGUAAACUCCACCCUAGAACGGGCGUACAUUGCCUUGGAAACCCUCCGCUGCCAGGCAGGGCCCAAAGAGGAAGAAUUCAAUACCAAUUUCAAGGAAGGCCAGCUCUAUGGCAUUCCCUUAGACAGGAUAGAGAUGGCUGAACAGCGGUUCCAGGCUGACAGGGAGAACGUGAUUUUAACUGGGAUUGAGUACCUCCAACAAAGGUUUGACGUUAAUGGGUCACCUCAGUUUAAAAACAUGGAGGUAUUUGACACUAUGGCCUGGCCAGAUGGCAUUGAACUUAUCAACUUUGGGAAUAAUGAGAUCCUUAACCUAGCCAAGCAUUUUCAACUCUCCCUUCCACAAGGCUACAGUGAAGAAGGUCUGCUAGAUGAGUGGCUAGGCCUAAAGACCAUUGCCAAGAACCUUCCCUUUUCCAUGCUAUGCAAAAAUGCUCUUUCUCAGCAUUCCCGCUUCCCUCUGCUGAGCCAGCUCAUUGCAGUGGUGGUCUGUGUGCCCAUCUCCACUUCUUGCUGUGAGCGAGGCUUCAGUGCCAUGAGCAGGAUCAAGACAGAUGAGAGGACCAAGCUCUCCAAUGAGGUCAUCAACAUGCUUAUGAUGACAGCAGUGAAUGGUGUGGCAGUUACUGAGUAUGACCCCCAGCCUGCUAUACAACAUUGGUACCUGACCUCUUCAGGCCGCCGCUUCAGCCAUGUCUACACUUGUGCCCAAGUGCCACCUCACUCUGAUACAGGUGCUGAGCUCAGGAAUGAGAACAUGAGAACUGUCUAUGUGGAGGAGGUGGUGUCCCAGGAUCCAGCCAUACAUUCCUAUGGGAAACCUGUCAUGAUGCCACAAGAUUAUGACAGAAACUCACCUAAUGAACUUAUAUGCUCCAUACCAGCUAAGAGACCCCAGAACUGUUCCAACAGAGAAAGGAUCUUUCAUGAACAGGAAAACCAGGGGCUACCUCAGAGAGACACCUAACCAACUUUGGGGGAAAAGGCAAGGAUCAUGGGGACAGGUUUUCUACAUAGAGGUCAUCUGAAAAUUCCUGCUGGGCACUGAUCAGCUGCAGGCUGACUAGAGCCCUACACCUAGAAACUCAGGGAAUUAUAGCCCUUAGAGGGCCACAUCCUUCUUACUAGGCUUAGCAGUGAGUCCUUUAUAGGUUAAUGUUUAGGGACAUUUUUUUUAUCAUGAUUUCCUUCCUUAAAAGCCCUAGGAAACUACUUUGUCAGGGCUUGCCCUCAUAAUUGGAAGAACUUCAAGCACAGGAAAGUCUGUCUGUAUUGAAACUAUUUGGUACAUGAGCACUUUAUGCCCAGGGAUCACUGGGAAAUAUGCCAAGGAGGCUGCUUACUUAUUCGUGUUAUGGGUAUGACUGAGUUGAUAAAGGAGGAAAGAACUUGGCCCGAGUGUGUCCCCACUCCCCCACCUCCCCAGGUUAGGGUUGGAGUGUAGCUAAUGCUGUCAUCACUUUACCCUUUGCUGUCCAGGGUAUCCCUGCUUUCCCACAUGUUCCUUCCUGGGAAACAGGGACUAGUGUGAAAGUGAUAAAUGUAUCUGGGACUCAUCUUAUUUCAAAUAAGGACCACAAGUAGUGCUACAUCCAUUGCCAUUUUUAAUUAUAAAUGCUGACCAAGGGCAGCAUCCACCUAAAAAUGUAAGUCUUUUGUCCACUACAAAUCUCCCUGUUUUUAAGACUCUUUCCACCCUUUGACUGCCCCUUUUCUAACAGAUUUAUGCCAUAUUCCCAAGAUACAUGGAGUCUUUCUGAGAUCAUUUACCCCUUAGUACCUUGUGCCAUUCAGUAUGCAGAAACAAUUUUUUGGGUCUGACUAAGCUCUCAGCCUUGAUUCCACUUUUCUUAAGCAGCAUGGAACCUCCUGUCCCACAUUUCUCCUUUGGAACCUAAUCAAAAUGCCUCAUUCAGCCAGAGGAGUUCAAGGAUUUGGGAUGUCUCUUGUCUUCUGGAAUUUGAACUGCCUUUUCCAGCAUAACUGGAUUGAGAGCUGCCAGACCUUCCAUCUAUUCAUGUUGAUUUAACACAUCUAUUUGGAUAGCUGGGAAAUUAUAAAUAAUAAAUGGGCAUGGAUUAGAGGAAGACAAUAGUGGCUGCUCCAGGUCUGUAGUGGUGGUAUGUUGGUAUGUGCAUAGUCCCCAGUGGUCAUGAGUUCCAGGGAGACAUUCCAUAAAAUUCCUUCUGUCCUUGGGGGAAUAGAGUCCUCCUUUUGUCCUCUGCUCUUUGUUCUUCACGAACAUUUUGCCAGCUUUAGUCUUCUAAGUGCCCUAACAAGGGCAUGAAGUAAAUUUGAUUCUAAAUAUUGAAGAGGGGUUCCUCUGUGAGAUGAAUUUGAUCAGAGAUGGAAUCCAUGCUAGAGAAGUCUAUGAAUAUCUUGUAUAAGGAGAGAUAUUGUUGAAUCCUGCUUGGAUGCACUUUGAAAGAGGCUGUCCUUUGCUUGCUUUUUAAGCCAGUUGGCCCUCAGACUGUAGUGUCUGAAAAUCCUAUUUAUAAAAAGCAGUGAUUGUACAUAUUAUAUAAAUUACAUAAGCUUUAUGUAGAGAGAAUCACAGAAGGAAGGAAGACCUUUUCGGCUAGGCAUUUUAUAACUAAUAUUAACCAAGGGCAAAAUGACCUUUGAGGAAGUUUUUGCUCUAGGGCUCAGAAUGGAACAUUUUCUGGCCGAAAUGGCCUUGGAGAAAGCCUCAGGGCUUGUUUACUUUCAAUAUGACUUUCAUCCUCUUUAUUGAAAGCUGGGACCUGGAAAUUCAAUUUAAUAGAUAGUUUCUCUUGUAUCACAGAUAGUAGGUUGAUCUGAUGGGUGAGGAGGAGUCAACAUUUGCCCUGGAUAAGGCUUCAGGCCUUAAUCUCAUCCUUAAAGAGGCCUUUAACCUCAAUAUCUUUGCAUAUACAUCUUCCUGUAUUUCUCCUGCAUGACCAGUGUCCACUACAGCUAUCAUGAGUUACCAGUAUUCUAACCAGUAGCCCUAAAAAUUGGAGCUUAAAGAAAGGGGAAUUUUGCUUCCUUUCUCUUUUCCAUAUGCCCCGAGUGACAUCUUUUAUGGGAUGAUGGCAAGGAUAGCCAGAGAAACCCAACUCAUGUUAGUGUCCACCCAGCCCAGAGGCCACAAAGUGGAGGCAGCAGGGGAAGGUGACUCAUCUUUUCCAACUAUCCUUGUUUCAGAAAUGUUCAGAAUGUUGUUGUUUCUAAAAACAUCUUUGAUUCAUAACCUUUUGCUAUCUUAAUAAAGCAGAGUUCUUUUUCA